AUGCCACAGGUUUCAACCACCACAAACUCGGGGGCUGUUUAUCAUGCUCUCCCACCAGCCGCGGGCGAUGACGAUUGCGACACCGAACUCGAAUUGGCAUUCGAUGAUCCUGGAAACUUUGUCGUUGAUCAGGUUGUCGAUAGUCGAAUAUGGUGGAUCUACUUCAUGCUAGGCUGCGCGAUCCUCCUCCCUUGGAAUGCAAUGAUUACCGCCACCUCGUUCUUCUUGUCUCGCUUGGCUGGCUCACCAUUGAGAGCAACCUUUACCUCAUAUUUGACCACCACUUGCAACGUGUUCAAUAUAUUUGCCCUGGCACAUGCCACGGCGACUUCGAAACAGUCAUCACCCUCUCGACGAGUUUUCUGGUCUGUCGUAUCAAUCACACUCACCAUCGUUCUCCUGUUCUUCAGUACCUUUGGACACUACCAACCAACGACCUUCUUUUUCUUUGCAAUCCUAUGUGCUAUAUCUUUGGCAAUAUGCGUCUCAUACCUUUCCACGGCUGUCUUCGCUGGAGCUUCCCUCUUCGGGGCUCCUUACAUGCAAUCUAUGAUAUCCGGCCAGGCUGCCAUAGCUGUGGUUGUUAGUGUGGUUCAGGUGAUCACAUCCACCUUGUCUGUGUGGGGUUCGACACCGGAAACAAUUGCCGCGUUCAUAUCGAACAAUGGCACUAAAGACGGGACGGCAGAGCAGGAUUCUGCCCGUAUGUUUUUUGGAAUAUCCGCAUUAUUUAUGGUAAGCACCUGCGUGGCCUAUGCCUGGAUGGCACGGUUGCCAGCCUACGAGGCCACUGUAGGUAUUUUGGAACAAAAAGUCAAGCUUGAAGCGGCAGGGGUCGAUGACACGGGAGGGCUCGUCUUUCGCGAUAGACAUCAAGCAAGCCUUGAAGAAAGAGAUCAAAUAAUACGUGUAUUCAAGGCGAACAUCCUCUAUGAACUUGCUCUUGGAUAUGUCUAUGUGAUCACUUUGACCAUCUUUCCUGUUAUUACAAUUACCAUACAAUCGACCAAUCCCAAUACCCAUCCAUUGUUAUUCACCGCCAUUCAUUUCUUGAUGUUCAACCUCGGCGACUUCUUUGGACGAUACAUCUGUUCUUUUCCGAUAUUAAUAACGUGGUCCACGACACGCAUACUGGCGUUCUCGAUCGUCCGUACCUUGUUUAUCCCCAUCUUCCUUCUGUGCAACACGGUACAGGGCCCUUCUCGUAGCCCACCCAUAAUUAGCUCCGACUUUAUUUAUAUGCUCCUUGUCGGUGCUCUAGGCCUCUCAAACGGAUACCUUUCUACGCUCUGCAUGCUGGGUGCAUCCUCUCUGGAGCACAACCCACGAUUGCGACAACGUCGUGAAGACGUCCCCAUUGCGAGCACCGUGGCUGGUUUCUGUCUUGUCGUGGGUCUUGUAAUCGGGGGUUUUGGAAGUUUCGGGGUGAGAGCUAUUAUUUGCCAAUGUAAUCCUUUCGUAGAUUGA